AUGUUGAAACUAUUCGUCUGCAUCGUCGUGGCUUUCAUCAGUCAGGCCGAAUGCAAACCGUACAGCAAACCGAACCCGUAUCCUGGUCCACAACGCCAAUGUCGAACGGCUCAUUGCAACGUGAAUCCUGCUCUCCGAAACGAAGGCCUCUAUCCGUCGACAAAUCAGUUGCAGCGAGUAGGUGUCUACCCCGGUUGCAAUGCGGACAACAGCCAUGAAUACGAAGAGAACCACCCGCCACCACCACCAGCCCCACCAGCCGAAAAGUGCGACAAAUCAUUGCCAGUUUCCGUGUGCGUGCAGAUUCCUCCGGAAACAGCCUUAAAACUUCCGAAAUGUGUUCUCCAGCAGAUCGUGUACGCCUUGACCAGGAACGAUGAUGCCCCGGAACAUACGCCAGUGGAACCACCAUGUACUCAGUCACCAUGCACUCAGUCACCAUGUACUCAGUCACCACCUCCAUGCACGCAAACAACACCCCUGCCGACACCCACCCCUACAACAACUACCGCAGCACCGGUGGCAUACCCAUCACUGAAUUACCCUUUUAGGCCAUCUGGCUAUUGUGGAUCGUGUCGAUCGUCGCUCACUCCACGAUACAACCAGUCAUAA